GUUUCCCUGAUGCAGUGCCGAGGGGGCUGCCUGAGAGUCUUUCAGCGGUUUGUACUGAACAUGAAAACCCGUGUUUGUGGGCAUGGAGGUGAUACCCAACAAAUGACUGAAUAGGAAAAUGCUAAGCCUUGUUAAUUGCUCUACUGCUGUAAACUCUCACAUAAACUGACUAACUACAAGAGCGUGUUCUGUUGCUUUGCUGUUCAUUGCUGAAUCGUUUAUUCCACUGAAACCCAGGAGCAGCGGGCAAUAGUGACAGAGGAGCCAGAUGUUCUGGUGAUGCUCCGGGGGCACAUUGGAGGUUGGAGGGGCCGGGAAGGGACACCUAACAGCACGCUGGUGCCAUCUGAUGAAGUAACUAUUAAUUACAGACAUGGUCUUCCUGUGAUAACUCUUAUGCUGCCCACAAGAAAUGAACGCUGUCAGUUCACUGUCAAGCCAGUAGUAACCACUAUAGGAGCAUUCCUGCAGGAUGUGCAAAGAGAAGAUAAAGGAAUUGAGAGAGCUGAAGUCUUUGCAACAGAUGGUAGCAAGGUCUCUGAUGCAACCUUAAUGGAGGUUUUAUUGAUGAAUGACUUUAAGCUUGUUAUCAACAACACAGCAUACAGUGUGUCACCUCCUGUAAAAGAUAAGCUGAGUAGUGAGCAUGCUACUGAAAUGGAAGAUAUCAAAUCCUUGGUUCACAGACUGUUUGUGGCUCUACAUUUAGAAGAUCACCAGAUCAGGAAAGAGAGAGAAUUGCUACAGAGGCUGGACCAUCUGAAAGAAGAGCUGCUGCCUCUUGAACAGAUGAAGGCCAGAAUCAUGGACAGUGCAGAUGCAAAAACCUCCAGGCUUUUAUGGGUUGGCCUAGCCCUGAUGUCAACUCAGGGGGGAGCGCUGGCAUGGCUCACGUGGUGGGUCUACUCAUGGGACAUCAUGGAGCCAGUCACGUACUUCAUCACCUAUGGGAGUGCCAUGGCUUUCUACGCCUACUUUGUUCUUACCAAGCAGGACUACAUUUAUCCUCACGCUAAGGACAGGCAGUUCCUCCACUACUUCUACCGCAAAUCCAAAAAGCAGCGUUUUAAUGUGGAACGAUACAACAAGCUCAAAGACGACCUAGCAGAGGCAGAAGAAUCCCUAAGGCGUCUGCACCAACCUCUGCACCUGAGGCUUCCCAUCCAGGAAAUCAGCGACAAGGACUGAGUUUGGUUUUGUGUAUCUUGGAGAUGCCCUUUCAAAGCUGAUAUGAACAUUUAGUUACUCCAUAGCACCUGGGUAUUUUUGACCACUGAAGUUUUAACAGUUGCAAUAAAUAGCUUUAAAAAUUAUUUGGUCACUUGA